AAAGGACUCACAGAGAUCACCGGAGUCAACAGAGAACCGGCUGAGAGACGUCUGACUGGAUUUUAUUUUAUGUUUUUAUGUUUUUAUUUUUACACGCUAAAUUAUUUGGAUUUCUUUUUUCUGAAGUCCUGGCCAGAAAAGUUGACAGAGAAUUUUUUGAAAAAGAAGCAAUAUUUUAAGUAGAUUGUUUAGUUUAAGUACUCUUGUCAUUUGAGUCCUGACAGAAGGUGUGGUGUCCAGGACAGGCGGGGUGGUCUCCAACCUCUCCGCUUUACGCAGUGACCGGAGGGCAGCAGGAGUCAUCGCGGUUAAUUUCGGUGACUUACUCACGCUUUCCCCUCCUGAGCUGCUGACAACAAGUCGGUGUGAUCAUGCUACAAAAUGGAAACGGAAAGGAGAAAGCGCCAAAGGCUGAGGAGGAAGAGACGGACUCGCCGACGGCUGUCAACCCCGCACAGCCGCAGCAGUGCGCGCCUCCAGCCGCUGACAAGAAGGACGCGGAGCCGACACACUUCUCCAUGCCCACUUAUCCCAAACUGGAUAUAAAACGCAACGCAGUGACGGACGAUUAUAAGAUCUCUUCUCAGGUUCUGGGUUUGGGGAUCAAUGGCAAAGUGCUGGAGUGCUACAAUAAGAAGACUGGACAGAAGUGCGCACUGAAGAUUCUCUACGACAGUCCCAAAGCGAGACGAGAGGUGGAGCUCCACUGGCGAGUGUCCGGAGGGCCGUACAUCGUUCGCAUCCUGAGCCUGUACGAGAACAUGCAUCAUGGGAAGAAGUGUCUGCUCAUCAUCAUGGAGUGUAUGGAGGGAGGAGAGCUGUUCAGCAGAAUCCAGGCCAGAGGAGAUCAGGCCUUUACUGAAAAAGAGGCAUCUGAGAUCAUGAGGGACAUCGGCACGGCCAUCGAGUACCUCCACAACAUCAACAUCGCGCACAGAGACAUCAAGCCAGAGAACCUGCUGUACACCAUUAAAGAGAGAAACGGGGUCCUGAAACUGACGGACUUCGGUUUCGCCAAGGAGACCACACUACACAACCCCCUGCAGACGCCCUGUUAUACACCGUAUUACGUGGCUCCUGAGGUUUUGGGUCCGGAGAAAUAUGACAAGUCGUGUGACAUGUGGUCUCUGGGCGUCAUCAUGUACAUCCUGUUGUGUGGUUUCCCUCCGUUUUACUCCAACACAGGCCAGGCCAUUUCUCCAGGGAUGAAGAGGAGAAUAAGAAUGGGCCAGUAUGAAUUCCCGAAGCCGGAGUGGUCUGAGGUGUCGCAGGAAGCAAAAGAUUUGAUCCAUCAGCUACUGAAGACAGACCCCAACGAGAGAAUGACCAUCACUCAGUUUAUGAACCAUCCCUGGAUCAAUCAGUCCAUGGUGGUUCCCUCCACUCCUCUCCACACCACCCGAGUCCUGACUGAAGACAGAGAGAUGUGGGAGGAUGUAAAGGAGGAGAUGACCAGCGCUUUAGCCACCAUGCGUGUGGACUACGACCAGGUGAAGAUCAAGGACCUCGACACAUCCAGCAACCCUCUGCUCAACAAGAGACGCAAGAGGGCCGCUGCAGGUGCCAAGAGUGGCUCCACGGUCUGCCAGAGUCAGUGAGACGAAGAAGACCUUUAGUGGAACAUCCAACAACGAGUGGCAAAGACAAGCAGCUCAGGGGAUGAAGGAAAAGUUGAUUUACGUGGGAGGAAAUUAUUUAGAGAGCUGCUCUGGACUCCUGAGAGACUAAGGAAGUGUUCUCCGAAAUAAAGGGACGAUACUGGAACACCAGCGUUGCAGAUGGACAAUUAUAGGACAUAUCAAGACAUGAUAUCACCUGUUUCCUGUCAGUGGUAGAAAUCAACAACUCUGCUCACUGUGGGCCUGUCUGUUGAUUAUUUUAUGUAUGUUAUGUAAUUUUUAGAGCUUGCUUGUUUGUAAGAGUGUGUGUGUGUGUGUGUGUGCGUGCAGACAUGAAGUAUUUGUAGUGGUAAUGUUUUGCUGCAUCCCAGGAGCUUCAGUAGGAAGCAGCUGGACUUCUCCUUUAGGUUCUUGAAGAUGUUUCACCUUCAUCCAAGAGGCUUCUUCGGUUCUAACUGACUGAUGUGGAGUUUCAUAUGUUUAUAGCUCACAUGGCUAAUUUGUUGAACGCUUUUCCUUCGCAACUAUGCACCAGUGUGCAGACCACACACAGAGAGACAAAGAACUCGACUGCAGACAGACUGUGAAACUAGAACACUUGCUAUUGACUGUGUUGUCUUAAUAUUGUCUUUAUGUCACUGCCUUCCUUUCAGGGUCAAAGCAAAAUUCAACACUGUCUUGUUAAUAAAACGUAGCCUCUGUAAUGA